AUGCUCCUGCGGUGGUACUCGAGUGCUCCAAUUGCAAUCUUUCCUUAUCGCGCCCAUGCGGUUGUCGUCCUGUCUUUUGAUAGGCCAGCAACAUCCGAUAUCGACAAGACCCCAAGCCCAACCGCGGGGGAGUGGGCAGCCGGGGGCGACUGGAAGAUCCCAGCACAAGAUCCCCCAAGGGCCAGGGCUCCUAGGGAGGCGGGGGCGGGGCCCACCAAGUGUGCCAGGGGCAUCACCACAAAAGUUGGCUCUACCCUGCGUUUCCACUUGGUGACGACCGAGUUUCCAUGUCGUCCAUUCUUGCUGUCUCGUCAUGACCGUGAAAAGAUCGAUGCCAAGUUGCUACCGCUAGGUCUCUUUCUAGGGGAAUGGCUUGUGACUCCGGUUUCGGAACAAGCGUGGCGCUUUGUGCCGUCUUGGGAGUGGUCAUCGGCUGGAAGCUCGGGAAAGUACGUAUCUUCUGGGCUGAGUGUCGUGUCAUCGGAACUGGUAAGGAGGAAGAGGGAAUGGGAAGGGAAGAAGGGAGGUGGCCAACGGAGUAACAACUGGAAGGCAGGGCCAGAUGUUAGGAAGGUCGAAAGUGCACAAGAAAGAGAGAAAAAGAAGAGGAUAGAGGAGAGGAAAGGAACGGAGGACGGAAAAGGUGGCCGCGGCGCUCGGGGCAAUUUGAACGACAGAUCCGACUUUCUUUGGUCGGCUGUUGGGUUGCUCCAAGUCAAGAAAAUGGCCGUACAUGGAGACGGGAAAUGCAACCUCGAGGCGAGAGAGGGACCAUGUCCAACAGGCAGCGGGCGGGCCUAG